GCUGGCUGAUCCUCCACACCUUCUGCCCAAAUUCCUUGCUGAAAGGCACCGGCUUCCUUUCUCUCUCCAAGGUUUUUUGACCAGGAUUGGGAGCCACGUCCCAUGCGUCCUGGGCGGGGCUAAUGGGCUGGGCGGGGAACUUCCUGUCGACGUGGGCCUCAAGGACGCUACUGACGUAAGAGGACAUCCGAAAGAAAAGGAAAUGCCUAAAAAAAAGACUGGCGCAAGGAAGAAGGCUGAGAACCGCCGGGAACGUGAAAAACAGCUAAGAGCAUCAAGAAGCACUAUAGAUUUAGCCAAGCAUCCAUGUAAUGCCUCAAUGGAAUGUGACAAGUGUCAGAGGCGACAGAAGAAUAGAGCAUUUUGUUAUUUUUGUAAUUCUGUACAGAAGUUACCAAUUUGUGCACAGUGUGGGAAAACCAAGUGUAUGAUGAAGUCUUCUGACUGUGUCAUAAAGCAUGCUGGAGUCUACAGUACUGGCCUUGCAAUGGUGGGUGCAAUAUGUGACUUCUGUGAAGCUUGGGUUUGCCAUGGUAGGAAAUGUCUCAGUACCCAUGCCUGUUCCUGCCCUCUUACUGAUGCUGAGUGUGUUGAAUGUGAACGAGGUGUUUGGGACCAUGGAGGCAGAAUAUUCAGUUGUUCUUUUUGCCAUAACUUUCUCUGUGAAGAUGAUCAAUUUGAACAUCAAGCCAGCUGCCAGGUUUUAGAGGCAGAAACAUUUAAGUGUGUUUCAUGCAAUCGCCUUGGUCAGCAUUCAUGUCUCCGUUGCAAGGCAUGUUUCUGUGAUGAUCACACAAGGAGCAAGGUGUUUAAGCAGGAAAAAGGAAAACAACCUCCUUGUCCUAAAUGUGGACAUGAAACUCAGGAGACCAAGGAUCUUAGCAUGUCAACCCGCUCCCUAAAAUUUGGCAGGCAGACUGGAGGUGAAGAGGGUGAUGGCGCUUCUGGGUAUGAUGCAUAUUGGAAGAACCUUUCCUCUGAUAAAUACAGUGACACUGCCUACCAUGAGGAGGAAGAGGAUGAAUAUGAAGCAGAGGAUGAUGAAGAGGAAGAAGAUGAAGGUGGAAAGGACUCAGAUGCUGAAUCAUCAGAUUUAUUUACUAAUUUGAAUUUAGGAAGGACCUAUGCCAGUGGUUAUGCCCACUAUGAGGAACAGGAGAAUUAGGAAAGCUGCUUGCCCAUUGGUGCCAUGUGUGAGAGAAGCCAGGACGUGUGUGUGUGAUGACUCAAAAGUGUGUGGGUGUUCAAAAGUAUUAUCUUUAGCCUUGUACAAAAGAUUAGUCACACUUACAGGGGCAAGGAGGGGACAUAGCAAUUUUGUAGGAGCCGAUAAUCAGGCUGAUAGCACGAGAAAAGGGAGUUUCAGUGUAAGGUGUUUAUUGAUCCAAGCAAUGGAAGUAUCACAGAUUGGAUUGUUACUGUUUCAGUAAUAUAAGGGUUUCCAAUUAGAUACAUAAUAUACAGGGUAAAGAAACAGGAUGGUAGUCUAUGUGUUGUAAUUAAAUUAGUUUUUAUUAAAAACACUGCUUAUAAAUUCACUGUGUCUGAUUUUGUAAAAUGUAAUGAGUAAAAUGGAUUACUGUAUUUUUUAGGUUCACAGAAUGAAUUUCAUGUUAUAUUCUAAAUUUUCAUUAAAUAUUCAUGUAAUCUUAA